GACCGUCCGAGAGUUGUGAGUGAGUUGUAAUAACUCCGACAUCGAGAGGUGUGCUUCCAGACGAACCUUUUCCACACCGUUUCAGGGAAACACCUCAGCAAAGAUGGGCGGCGCCGACGGAGGUGGGUCAGACAACCUGAUCCAUCGCAUGGCGAUGGACGACCCCAUCCCCUGGUGGAAGAAGCCGAACCUGCGCACCCUGUACCUGCUGCUCUUCCCCUGUGUCAUCGGCAUCGAGAUGACCUCCGGCUUCGACUCGCAGAUCAUCAACUCGGCGCAGCUGCUGCCGGCGUGGAAGGACUACUUCGGCCACCCCAAGGGCGCGUACAACGGCAUCCUGGCGUCGGCCCUGCCGCUGGGCUCGGUCAUCGGCCUGCCCUGGAUCCCGCUGAUCAACGACACGUUCGGGCGGCGGUGGUGCAUCAUGUUCGGCUCCAUCGUCAUGAUCAUCGGCACCUUCAUCCAGGGCUUCGCCUUCAACGGGCCCAUGUACAUCAUGGCGCGAGGCAUCAUCGGCUUCGGCCUGCCCUACGCCAUCGUGGCCGGUUCCUGCCUGAUCGGCGAGCUGGGCUACCCCAAGGAGCGGCCGAUCCUCACCUCGCUGUUCAACGCGUGCUACUUCAUCGGCGCCAUCGUCGCGGCCGGCACCACGUUCGGCACGCAGGAGAUCAAGAACGACUGGUCGUGGCGCAUCCCAUCGCUGCUUCAGAUGGGCCCGUCCAUGCUGCAGGUCAUCUUCGUGUUCUUCCUGCCCGAGUCGCCGCGCUUUCUCAUCAGCAAGGACCGCUACGACGAGGCCGAGCGCGUGCUGGUCAAGUACCACGCCGAGGGCAACGCCGAGUCGGCCUUUGUCAAGGCCGAGCUGGUCGAGAUCAAGACGACGCUCGAGCUCGAGAUGGAGAUCUCCAAGCGCAGCUGGAUGGACAUGGUGCGCACGGCGGGCAUGCGCCGCCGCGUCGUCAUCGGCUCGCUGCUGGGGCUGUUCACGCAGCUGUCCGGCAACGUGGUCAUCUCGUACUUUUUGGGGGACGUGCUCAAGCUGAUCGGCUACACGGACCCGGCGUUCCAGACAAAGUACAACCUGGGCAACCAGUGCUGGUCGCUGGUGUGUGGUGUGAGCGCCGCGCUGGUCGUCAUGCGCUUCAGGCGCCGCACCAUGUAUCUGACGGGCAUCCUGUCGAUCCUGGCCGUCUAUGUCGGCUGGACCACCUGCACGGCCAUGUUCAUGGUGCACAAGUCGCAGAUCGCCGCCAAGCUGUCGCUGUUCUGGAUCUACGCCUACAGCCCGGCGUAUAACCUGUGCUUCAACGCGCUGACCUACACCUACCUGAUCGAGAUCUUCCCCUACGCCCAGCGCGCCCGCGGCAUCUCCAUCUUCCAGUUCUGGGGCAAAGCAGCACAGUUCUUCGGUACCAACGUCAACCCGAUCGGCACCGACGCCAUCGGCUGGAAGUACCUGCUCGUCUACUGCUGCUGGAUCUUCGCCGAGGCCGCCCUGAUCUGGUUCCUGUGGCCCGAGACGUCGGGCCGCUCGCUCGAGGAGCUGGCCUUCCUCUUCGAGGGCGACGACCUCAGCCGCCGCGCCGAGAAGGCCGUCACCAACGCCGUCCUGGACGUCCAUGACGACGAGAACGAGAAGACGGGCCAUCACGUCGAGGCUCAGGAGAGGGUCUAGUCUAGUUCUUGUUCUUGUUCUUGUUCUUGUUUAGGAUUGAUGGAUUGAUUGGUUGAUUGGUGGAACGGGGUGGGGGAGAGGGGUGUGUGUGGUUGAGUUCCCCCGGGACCCCUGCCUGGUGGUAUGCGCAAGAGAGUUUUAGGUUGUGCCCUGGGUAACAAACAGCUCGUUGGGUGUCUCUCUGCCGAAUAACCCAGAGCAGUUGACUUCUCGCAACAUGUGGGGUGAUAAUUAACGUCUUCCAUACCUGGGCUGACUGCCGGGUUGAAAUGGUCCUGCCGAGCAUGAAUGCGAUGUAAAUGGAAUUAGUAUUGGGGCAGGCGGCACCUGACCGCUCGCUCUUCUAUAUGCCUCUAAUAAAUCUUUGC